UCCAACCCCUCCCUUCCCCUCUGAGACUCCCCUUCCAUCCAACUCUUCUGCGCUUUGUCCUGGUUCAAGCGUUUCAUAGCCUUUUUUUUUGUGGACGAAAAGAAAAAAGGAGAGAGAAAACCCUAACCCUAGAGAAGUUUAAAGGUCGGUUAAUGGCGGCGGAUGUGAGCUCUUUGGCGCGGAUGCUGAGCAGGUACAAGGAGGAGGGGGAGGGGAAGAGGGAUUUGGUCACCAGGGACCUCCUCGGUGGCGGCGCGGUGCUGGGAUCCGCGGGGGACGUGGAUCUCGAGCGCCAGGUCCCGGCCGGUUGGGAGCGGCGACUUGAUCUAUUGCCCGGUAAAGCGUACCUCCCGAAGCGCGAGUCCAAUCCGUCGUCCCGCCAUGUCCAAGACCUCAACCUCCCCCCACCGGUCGCCGGCGCCGCCACCGCCGCCACCGGCGUCGGCCUCCCCGAAGACUCCACAGCCCUCGACCUCAAGCUGGCGGCGGUCCCGCCCCCCUCCACCGCCGCCGCCGCCUCCGCCUCCUCAUCCUCAUCCUUCGAUUACCUUAGCGUGUGUACCCUGGAGAAGGUCAAGUUCGCUUUGGAGCGAGCCGAGCGCGAGUCCCGCAUCCGCCUCCCCCGCCGCGCCCGAUUCGACGGCUCCCCUUCGCCCUCCUCCUCCUCCACCACCUCCUCCUCCUUCAAACGGCGCGCGGCGGCCGAUCAGGACGAGGACGGCGCCACCGACGUCUCCAAUGCCUCUGGCGGGUUGAUCGCCGCCGGUUGCCCCGGCUGCCUUCUCUACGUCCUCAUCGCCAAGGUGGACCCCAGGUGCCCACGGUGUGACUCGCACGUGCCGCUCCCUGCCCUCAAAAAGAAGCCUAAAAUUGACCUCAACUCAGCACACACUGACUGGAAUUAGCUUUAGUUGGAUGAUGAUGAUAAUAUAAAGGAGAAAGAAAAUUGCUAAAUUUUGAGUAGGAGGAUACAUGGAAAGAAAAAAUGAGAUGGGAGCUGAUGUUUUUCCUUUUGUGUAAAAAAAGAAAAAAAAAUCUUUUGGAGUUAAAGAUGAAGGGGAUUUAUUUUAUUGUCUUUUUUUUUCCAUUUUGGGCAUAAUAUAUGGUGGGCUGGCAGGGAACCUCUGUAAUCUUGGAUUUAUAGCUCAUAAAUUUAUAAUUUUAUUUUUUAUUGUUUA